GUAGACUGGUGCCAAACUGUGCAUCAUAAGUCUCUGAUUCUGGGUAGUGAGAGGACAGCUGUUUGAGAUAUGCCUUCACCCCCCAAUGAUGAAGACAGUCAAGAAACGUCCUCCAUGAACAUGCCACCGACAUUGCCUUAUCAGAAUGGAGUAAAGAGAAAGGUCCACACCAAGAAUAAGAAGAAGGGUUUCAUCACAGCCAAUGUUGCAGGAACAAAAUAUGAGAUUGACUGCCAGCUCGACCCAGUAAACUGCCCGGUUGGUACAGUGCUGGAGUUCCUGCCAUGCCCCUCUUGGUGGCCAGUCAGUGGGAAAACACCCCCUGGUUACAUGUUUCCUCCACGGUGCACUGAGGCUGAGGCCUCCUGUAAGUUCUGGCUGUGGUGUAAGAGGCUCUCUAGAGUUGGGGACCCCCAGGCCCUGUCUGUGGCCCCUUUCUAUUUAGAUUUUGCGCCUGGUCUAGCCAAAGCAUUUCUCUACCCUCAAGUGGGGUAUGUCCCUAAGGUCCACUUUUCUACACCAUGGCCAGUCAUACUCCAGGCCUUCAGUCCUCCUCACUUCAGGGAGCCAGACCAGAAGAAGCUUAAAUGUAUGUGUCCAGUGCUCACACUGGGCACAUACAUCCACAGAGCUGUCCUGUGGAGAAGGGCGGACCAGUUGUUUGUUUGCUGUGGUCCCCCUGAGAGAGGUCUUCCCGCUACAAAACAGACCCUCAGUCAGUGGAUAGUAGAUGCCAUCUCUAUAGCCUAUGAGUCCUCUGAUCUCCCCUACCACUCCAGGAUUUACUGUUAUCUCGCCCUAGCUGUGCAGAACAAUCUGACCAGUAUGAUGGACUCAGCGAGUGGCAGCCCGUUCCAGACCGCCGUUGAGCACCAGGGCGUCCUCCUCGGGAAGCAUGAGGAGGAUAUCUCCGCUACCCGACACGCCGUCGAUUCUUUGGCCGCCCAGAUGUCCGAGCUGUCCAGCCAGGUUCACAACCUCCGUCUCCAGCCGUCCGCCUCUCAUUGUCCUCCUGUUCAGACGGAGCCUCGAAUAAAUAAUCCUCCGGCCUAUUCGGGUGAGCCAACACAGUGCCGCGCCUUCCUUACUCAGUGCAAGGUGGUCUUCUCGCUCCAGCCCUCCACAUAUGCUAAGGAGAGAGCCAAGGUUGCUUUUGUUCUUUCACUCCUCCACGGGCGAGCUCGCGAGUGGGGAACGGCCAACUGGGAGACUGAGGCGGAGUGCAUCUCAAGCUUUGAGCGUUUCAAGGAAGAGAUGAUCCGGGUCUUCGACCGCUCCGCCUAUGGAGAGGAAGCUUCCCGUCGGCUUUCCACACUUCGGCAGGGGAGACGAUCCGUGCCGGAUUUCUCCAUUGAAUUCCGGACCCUCGCUACCACCUGUGGGUGGAACCAACCCACCCUGACCGCUCGCUUCCUGGAGGGCUUGUCUCCUGAGGUGCGGGACGAGGUCCUCGUCCGUGAGAUCCCUACCCGGCUCGACGAUCUUAUCGACCUGGCCAUCCGUGUGGAGAGACGCCGUCGUGCUCAUCGCCUGGAGGAGAGUCUUUUCUCGUCGCCUCGUGUCAGCCCCUCCCACUCUGAACCUGAACCCAUGCAGCUGGGUGGCCUGCGUAUCUCAUCUAGGGAGCGUCAGAGGAGGAUUCAGAACCGCCUCUGUAUGUACUGUGCUAGUGCCUCUCACUUUGUGUCUUCCUGUCCGAUUCAUGUGCAGCACGUUCGCCGCGUUCUCCAACGAUUGCUCGAGAAUCGACUCUUUGUUAAGGCCGAGAAGUGCUCCUUUCAUGCUUCGUCUAUAACGUUUCUAGGCUCCAUUAUCUCAGCAGAGGGGAUCAGUAUGGACCCUGCCAAGGUCCAGGCCGUGCUCAAUUGGCCCGUCCCUGAUUCUCGUGUCUCGCUACAGCGCUUUCUCGGUUUUGCUAAUUUCUAUCGCCGCUUUAUACGCAACUUCAGCCAGGUGGCCGCGCCACUCACCGCCCUCACUUCGGUUAAGUCUCGUUUCGGUUGGUCCGGUUCUGCGCAGGAGGCGUUUGACCGGCUAAAGACCCUUUUUACGUCCGCGCCCAUCCUCCUCACUCCAGAUAGCUCAAGACAGUUUAUCGUUGAGGUCGACGCCUCCGAGGUAGGGGUGGGAGCCGUUCUUUCCCAGCGGUCAGCGUCGGAUAAUAAGAUACACCCCUGCGCGUACUUCUCACACCACCUUUCCCCCGCGGAACGUAAUUACGAUGUCGGGAAUCGUGAGCUCCUCGCCAUCCGCUUGGCAUUGGAGACCGAUUCUUACUGCCCGUCCAUUCAGACCUUUAUCAGUCGCUGUAAGCGAACCUGGAAGAGGUCUGACUCCCGUAAACUGGCCCCCCGCUUCAUUGGACCGUUCCGCAUUAUCAAGAUCGUUAACCCUGUCGCUGUCAAACUCCGGUUGCCGCAGAAUCUUCGUCGUGUUCACCCGGUGUUUCACGUCUCCUGCAUUAAACCGAGAAUAAACCAUUUCCCAGGAAUGGGUGAGAUCUGUCGGAAAGACUGCUUGGCAAGGAACAUGGCCAAAAUAAUUAAAAUUCAGCCUCAGGAAUAUAGCUUCAUCCCCGAAACCUGGAUCUUCCCAGCCGAUUGCACGCAGUUCCAGAACUAUGCAAAGGAGCUGAAAUUAAAAUGGAAGCAGAAAACAUUUAUUGUUAAGCCUGCAAAUGGAGCCAUGGGCCAUGGGAUAUCUCUGAUUCGGAAAUGUGAAAAGCUCCCGGUGCAGGAUCACUUCAUUGUGCAGGAAUACUUAGACAAGUCCUUCCUCAUGGAGGGCUGCAAGUUUGACCUGAGAUUUUACAUUCUUGUUACUUCCUGUGAUCCGCUACGUGUCUUCCUCUACAACGACGGCCUGGUGAAAAGGGGAACAGAGAAAUACCACAUGCCAAGCGAGUCAAACCUGAAUCAGCUGUACAUGAACUUGACCAACUACUCUGUAAACAAACACAACGAGAACUUUGAGCGAGAUGAAACGAUGGACAAAGGCAGCAAGCGCUCUAUUGGUUGGUUCACAGAGUUCCUUCGGACAAACAAUUAUGACGUGGCCAAAUUCUGGGGUGAUGUAUCAGAGCUGGUGGUAAAGACCCUAAUAGUGGCUGAGCCACAUGUGCUUCAUGCCUACCAAAUGUGCCGCCCGGGCCAGCCACCAGGGAGUGCUAGCGUCUGCUUUGAGGUGCUGGGUUUUGACAUAAUACUCGACUGCAAGCUCAAGCCCUGGCUACUAGAGAUCAAUCGUGCACCGAGUUUUGGGACAGAUCAAAAGAUUGAUUACGACGUGAAGAAGGGGGUUUUGCUCAACACCCUGAAACUCCUCAACAUCAGAGUGAGUGAUAAACAACGGAAUUUGGCCCAGCAGAAAGCUGAAGCCCAGCGACGACUGUACGGACAGGGAUCAGUGCGGAAACUGACGGCCGGAUCAUCAGAAUGGAAACAACGCCACCAAAUAGAGCGCAGGAGAGAAGAACUGAAAGAAAGACUGGCCCAAGUCUGCAAACAGGUCUCUAGGGAUGAGAACGAAAAGCGGCACCUGGGGAACUACAGACGUAUUUACCCCCCAGAUGACAAGCUGCUCUUGGAGAAAUAUGAGAGUCUCCUUUCAGCUGCCUUUCAGACAUUCCUCGCUGGGCUAGCAGCUUCACUUCAAAAGGAAAUGAAUAAUCCACUGAAACGAAUGAAGGAGGAAGAUAUCCUAGUUCUCCUGGAGCAGUGUGAAAUGGAUGAUGAGAAACUGAUGGGAAAAUCCUCCAAUCAGAAAGGACCUAAGGUCCUGUCAUCCAUGCCUGAGAGCAGCCCAACACCCUGAGGGAACAGGGACCCUGAAGACUCGUCGCCCAGUUGCAGCGACAGCAGCUCUGAUGGAGAAGAUGAGAGCAGCAGCAUCACGCAAGAGAAACUCAAUCACCACGAGCGCUCCAUUCGUGUUCAUUGGAAACCUGCCCCUAAACCAAUACGAGGUCCUUCCUCCUCGCCCCAGCUUUCUGGGCUCAUCCACCGCUCUAUGUCCUGUCCACGCCCCAUAUCCUCUCUGACUGUGCAGUCACUUACCAAUGAGACCAGGCGGCCAAAAACAGCCAUUCGCAUGCCCAAUGCAUUCACUGCGACAGCUCAAACUGCCGCCACCAUGAUGCAGAUGACUUCGAUUUGCCCCAACACAGCAUGUCGCUCCCAUUCGCUCAGUCGAAACAGUUCUACAAACAGAGUUCUAUACAGCCACAGUCUAGGUGCCAUUCACCCUAAUACGGCAAGGGAGACCCCGGUGAAUAAAGAGCAGGAGCCCGUGCUGAUGCAGCAGAUGCUGGCUGUGCUCGGGGAGAUGAGGAUUUGUUACCCUGGGAAGAGUGAGGAGGAGGCCGAGGCCGUAUUGGACGAGAUUCUGAACAACUGGAAAUACCAUAAACCAAAAGUGGCAUCUUACUGGCUGGAGAAGUUAGAUGCAACCAAACAAAGGAAGGUUUUGGAUAUUGUUCGUACCAACAUCCGCUCAGUUCUGCAGAGGAUUUGGAGUGAACUGGAUGUGGAGAGUUUACGUCUUUAUCGCCAUUUCAACCGCGUGUUUAACCGGCCUGGUCAGGGGCUCUGGAACUGCCUCUCCAGCUCUGGGUCAUUAUGGGAGAGUGUUUUCAAUAAGAGCAGUGAGGUGGUGACCACGCAGGAGCUGAGGUGCUGCCAACGUGUCGUCCAGUUGUGUAGAGACUGUCUGCUUGUAGUCUACAAGUUUGUGGCUGACUCCCGUGGUUCGCUCAGUGGACUUAGUCCAGCCUUGGAUGACACAAGGUAUCUGCUGCCAGUCACCUCCCAGUUCAUUAUCAAGUGGCCGUCAUCUAGCUUCGGCCACUCAACGUCCUCCACUCGCCCACAAAGCAUCUUUAUUGCACGGAUGGGUCACUUCUGAUGGCCACUGGACUCCGACACCUACUGGGGGAGACCAUAUCCAGACUUUAGAUAUCUAGACCUUAGAUAUCCAGGCCUAAGGGCAUAACAUCUGGGACCUUCACAAACCGAAGCAGCAUGUUAAAGGGGAUUUGCCCAUCUGCAUUGUUUAAUGCAUCAGAUGCAAAUGAUUUAUUAAUUUUUUUGCUUUGACCAUGGUGUAAUUCCUUUUCACAGUUUUUUCCCCAAAUCAUUUUAUCGAUUAAUGUACAAUGUGAUAUCACUUUCUUAAUAGUUACUUUAUAUUUUAGCUCAUUUAAUCUAUUCUCAAAAAUUCUAUUUUAACAAUAUGGGGCUGUUCACACAGGAUCUCGACAGACUGAACAGCUUUUAACUUUUCAAGGCAAUUGAAAACAUUCAUAUCCUGAGUGGGGAAAAAGUGUUUUUUUUUUUUUUAAAUAAAGGCCUGUUCACAGCGGGACGAAUAUCGCGCAUGAUUUUCACGACAGUUAAUGCCUCAUGACUAAACAAAGGGCACCAAUGUGAGUGUACACACAAACAAGAAAAUCACAAGGUGUAAAAAGUAUCAUUUUUGAAAAAAGCCAUUUUUUUUUGGUUUGACGCGCCGUGUUACAAACUGUCUGAACAAUGAGAUUGGUGCUUUUGUACACGUGUCUUGUGCUAUUGAAGCUACAGUAAAACACUACUUGGUGGCACUUAGGCACAUAACAGUCUUGCAGAGCACACUUGAUAUCUAACGACGAAGAGAAAUUAAGACUGAGGCAAGAUGAAUGUAGAGCUGCUGGUUUCAUUGGUGUCUGAACACAAAGGGCUUUAUGACAAACACGACAGCGACUACAAAAAUCUUGGUAAGAGGGAUAUGUUAUAAAGAGGAAUUCCAGAUCAAAUAGGAUUCAAUGUGUACCGGGGUAUUUAUCUUUUCAUUAAGCUCCAUCUAAUGUCAGGGAGUGAAUUUGCUUGUUCACUUGGCUCAUCGCCAGUGAAAAUCGCUUGGUUAUGAGCACAAAGGACAUGUCGAAAAACGUUGCCGAUAAACGCGUGCGAUAAUCGUCCCAGUGUGUACGAGGCUCAACAUCAACCAUUUGUAUUCCAGUGUGGGGGACCUUGUGUAUCAUUUGAUUGAUGAAUCAGUUUGAUUUAUUCAACAACAAUAAUAAUAAAAACAUAUAAGGUAACACUUUAUUCAAAGCCUUUAUGUAUAAUGCAUUGCAAAUUAUGUGUUCUCUAUCGCAUUAUAUCUUUUCAUAAAUAAUUUAA